CUUUACACUGCCGUCCUGGUUAAGCCAGUCUUAAUCGAUGCUCCAACAACAGAUCGGAAGUUGAAAAGUCCAUCACCGUUUGAUUUCGUCUGGUUCUUUUUGCACUUUUGUUUUGCUCACUCGUCGGAAGUUGAAGCAGAAUGGACAUCGACUUGACUUUCGCCUCUCGUCGUUCACCUGUGGUGUGUUUACACGGCUGUGUGGCGUCCAAUCAGCCGCUGGCUUCAAGUAUUGGGCUGGACAUCCUGAAGCGUGGUGGUAAUGCUGCAGAUGCUGCGGUUGCCAUAGCAGCAGCACUGGCAGUAACCGAACCGUGCAGCACGGGUCCAGGUGGAGACGCCUUCUGCUUGUUCUUCAACAGAGACACGGGAGAGAUCAGAGGCAUCAACGGCAGUGGUCGUUCACCCGUAGCUCAGACUCUGGACUACCUGGAAGGGCGUGGCUACACUGCAGAGACCCCUCCUCCACCUUUUGAUGCCCUGAAUGUCACCGUACCAGGGGCCCCUGCAUGCUGGUGUGAUACGGUGCAGCUGUUUGGUAGUCACAAGCUGUCCUUGCAGGAGGUGCUGAGCGGGGCGGUGGAGCUAGCAGAGGUGGGGUUUCCUGUCGCAGAGGUUGCAGCUCACCACUGGGCGAACUGGGUUGCUGCUCUGAGAAGUGAUGGGAAGGAACUGGGUGGAGACCUGCUCAUCGAUGGUCAAGCACCUAAAUGUGGACAAGUAUUCAGAAAUCCUUCGCUUGCCCAGACCCUGAGGGAGCUCGGCAAGCACGGCAAACCCGCUUUCUACCAGGGCAGAAUCGCACAAGCCAUCGUCGAUAUUGUCGACCAAAACGGAGGAGUCAUGACCCUGGAUGACCUCGGCAGCCACGACAGUGAGGUCAUCACCCCCAUAAGUGCUGAAUACAAGGGUGUGCGUCUGUGGGAGCCUCCUCCUAACAGUCAGGGAUUGGCUGCCCUGCUGCUGCUCAACGUCCUGGAGAACUUCCCUCUCAAAGCUGCAGUCCAUAACAGCUCUGACUACAUCCAUGUACUUGUGGAGGCUGUACGCUUGGCGUCAAGUGAUGCUAUGAGUCACCUGGGCGACCCAGACCAUGCUACCAUCCCCUUAGAAACCUUACUGGACAAAAGCUACAGCCAUCAGCGAGCGCAGCACAUCAGCAUGGACAGGGCCAUGAAAGAGGUAGAGCCUGGCCUGACAACAGGAAGUGACACGGUCUAUUUCUGUGUGAUUGACAGCGACGGCAACGCCUGUUCAUUUGUCAACAGCAACUACAUGGGCUUUGGAAGCGGGCUGGUCCCUAAGGACUGUGGAUUCUCACUACAGAACCGAGGCGCCUGCUUUUCUCUGCAUCGUAACCACGUCAACUGUGUAGCUGGUGGAAAGCGGCCGUAUCACACUAUAACACCCGCACUUCUCACUGACCCUGCGACCACAUCACAGAAACCCCGGCUGCUCGCUGCACUGGGGGUGAUGGGGGGUUUUAUGCAACCGCAAGGACACGCGCAGGUUUUGUUAAACAUGUUGGAGUUUGGGAUGAAUCCUCAACAAGCUCUGGAUGCACCAAGAGUCUUUGUACAGUACGAACACAAAACUAAAGAAUGGUUGGUCAAUCUGGAGGAGGGGGUCGAUCAGGAGGUCGCCGAGGAGCUGAGAAGACGGGGCCACAGAGUCAACUGGCCAAUCACAGGCCACAAAAGGUCUCAGUUUGGGCGUGGACAAAUCAUCACAGUCGGUGACUGGUGGAACCCAUCUGUCAGUCAAACUGAUACCCAGUCCAGGGUUCUGUGGGCGGGAUCAGAUCCACGCGGGGAUGGAUGUGCUCAGGGAUACUAGACACACACAUGGCUUCAUCUACUUUUCACAUUAGACAGAUUUCUCCCAAAGCUUUCAGAAAGUAAAUCUCUGUGUAUGAAAAACAAGAACUUCAAGUGUUGUAUGUUGUUUAAACACAUUUACUGUUAUCAGACUUUUAACUUGUAACAAAUCUCCGCUUUUAUUACAUAUUUGUACAUUCAUAAUGAUUCUUCAGGGUCGUAAUAUUGGUGUCCCUGUCUGGGACUUCACAUUGCGCAACGUGAAGAGAAACAUAUGGAGCUGUUCUCCUCAGCUGACUCCACAAAACCCAUCUCGCUCCUAACGCCUGUGAUACUACCUCUGAUGACGGCACAGAGGCGGGGUUCCUCCUCUGUGACAUCCAUAGGGAGGGAGACAUGAAAGGGGACUAAUUAAUGGCCUUGAACAAGCAGUCUGAUCAUAGCUAUAGUUUGGGAUGACAUACCUUUGACUACAAGCUUUGUAUAAGCCAGGGUCAUGAUUUUAUAAACUCUGAAAAGUGAAACAACAAACAGGAAAUACCAUUUCUGUGCAACAUUUCAUUACAAACAAAUGGUACCCUCCUUGAACACUGUGUUUUGGUUGAGCUUAUUAUCUGUUAGUCUUACAUGAGUUGUUGCUGACAGUGUCUUUACGAGUGUGAUCCUUCUCCCUCUCUGGCCAACAUUUUAUGUAAGAAUUUAAAUCAUGUUUCAAAGUGAUGUGAAUCACUCAAUGUCAAUCAGUGUUAUAACUCCAUAAAAAUGUUGCUUACCCA